CCCAGCUCUGCAGUUCAGCAUCCACUUUGGACAUAGUGUGCAAGGCACUGGACGCGCUUUGUGGAAUCAUAGAUAGGUGCACCCAUGGAGUUUUUGAAACAAGUCGACCCAGCUCCGAACGGGACCACAGCGGAGAACGGCACUACCAACUGCAACUUUACUUCGCAAAGUUUUGUGACAUUUCAGAUGAUAGCCUAUAUAAUUAUUUGUGUAAUCGGAAUCUUUCUCAAUGGCCUCGCGUUCUACGUGUACUUCUGUCACAUUCCCAGUACCAAGAACAUCAUCAUCUACCUGAAGAACCUGGUCAUAGCUGACAGCUUGCUGGUUCUCUCACUGCCCAUAAAGAUCCUCAGAGCCAGCAAGCCGUCUCUGCACCUGAGCAGAAUUUACUGCGGCUUUACAGCAUCCUUUUUCUAUUUGAACGUGUACUCCAGCGUUUUAUUUCUGGGUUUCAUCGCAGCCACCAGAUACCUGAAGAUUGUCAGACCCCUCAGCAGCCACGCUUUUCAAAACCUGAGGACUGCUAAGCGCCUCUCUCUGGUAACCUGGGGCAUUCUCCUCCUCGUUGGAUUGCUGUUUGUGAUUCUGAUAAACAAGGGGAACAAUCAACAAAGAAGUGACCCUCAAAUUUGUCUGAAAGUCGGAAAGGAGCAGAACGCCAUUUACUUGUUUGCCCACUUAGCAGGUUUAGUGACCUUCUUCCUUGUGCUGGCCGGAGUUGGUUACUGCUACUCACAGAUCUCCAAUCAGCUUCACACGUCGACUUUCUUGCACUCAGUGAAGACACAAGCCAAGGCAAAGAACAACAUUCUAAUUCUGCUGGCUGUGUUCUUUAUUUGUUUUGUGCCAUACCACAUUGUAAAACUUCCUUACUUGUUAAGCCAGACCGAUUUCAUUACAGACUGCUACUGGCAAAAGUUUUUGUUCAAUGCUAAUGAAUUUUGCCUCUUGCUGUCAACACUUAAUGCAUGCUUCGAUCCGGUCAUCUAUUUCCUAUUUUGCAAGGCAUUUAGGGCAAAGUUAGGUCUGGACACAAAGGUUCAGGAGCCCAAUGAAAUUAGUGCACCUGAUAAUGCCUCACAUCAACAGCAAGAGGCUAUGCAUUCUGUCCCAAUUUAGGAAGGUACAGAAUGUGUAUAAUUCUGGCCUCGCAGUCUUUGAUGGUGUUUAAACAUAAGACCGUAAGA